GUGCCCAGAAACCAUGAGUAACCACCCACCUGUAAAUCUAAUAAAACUGUCUCUCACUACUUUGUCACAUCAUUAGUGAGCAAGGAUGCAUGAGGAUCAGAAAGAAAAGCAGCACUGGGCCAAAGAGGCCUGGGAUGCUGCUCGGGAAACACCUAUAAUUACAGAUGAGCAAAAGCCACGCAAGUGUUUAAGCUUCAUCCAAAUCAUCACAUGUACAUUUGUUGGACUCCUGGUGUUUGGGCUUGCCUUCUUCAGCAAAACAUCUCUGUUGCUAUUAAUAAACCUCUGCAGCGACACGUCAACCACCAUAAACAACAAAACUUAUGCUCUCCUCUUCAUCGGGUGCCUUCUAAUUGCUCCAAGUGUUUUAAUUCUGUUCAAAAGCCUUUGGAAAAUUACUUUUAAGGAUUCAAAAUCCCCAUCACUGCAAACAUUAUUAUGGAUUGUUGCAGUGGAAACUUUGGUGGCUCUCGGAUCUUCCAUCCUUACCCUGGUCUCUAUGCCCAGAUUUGACGUCCUGACUAAUGUGAUGCUUCUGAAUGGCAUUAGUACAUUAUCAGCCAUGCUGCAAGUCAUCGGUAAUGCAGUCGCACACGGAAGGAGGCGAUUCAUUUCAACUUCGUUAGCCGCUUUCAUUUUCCUAAUUGCAGGUCUUAUCUUCUUUGCCAUUAACUACAACAGACAGCAAGAUGGAAACAAGGACAUAGGGCUAUUUGUGGGUUUAGCCAUAGGAGGCACUUUCCUGGUCUCUUUGAACUGGUGGGAAAACUAUGCCUUGCUUUUCAACAUCGUCUUCUUCCAGAACACAACCCGGGACAUCAAAAGGUCCCGAAACAUUGUGAACAUUGUGGCUAGCUUGGUGCGAAUUGCUGUGACAUCCAUUGUCCUUGGAGCUUAUGUGAAGCUCUCCGGACAGGACUGGUCAUCAGUGCUGAAUGUCAAAAAAUUUACCAAAAUCCUCGUCUUGAGCCUCUUUGCUAUUCAGGUUCUAUCUUCAGCUCUGUGUCGCUACAUGGCUGUGGUUGCAUGCAAAAUGCACGCUGUGCGCCGGAGCUUCCUUAUUCCCAUGAUCUUCACUUCUCCUGCCACGGUGGGGGCCUUCGCUCUGGCUAUCUGGAUUCCCUUUCUGUCGUACAAGCAGCAGUUCAGUAACUCCACAGCCCACCCCAUAGAAUUUUCUGACUACUGUACCACCUUUGCGAUUGUGCCAAAGCCAGGACUUGAUGUUGUGAGACUGUUGAUGAGUGAUUUAACUCGUGGCAUGUGUCACCAUAUGUCAGACAACAAUACUUCAGUGGGAUUUGGUCUGCUUGGAUUGUCUCUGGUUAGCUGGUGGCUCGGUCUGGUGCUCUGCACACUCUACAUCUGGUUCUUGAACAUGGGACGUAUUGCCAGGACGAAGGAUCUGUUUGUGUGUGACAUUUAUGAAGCAGCGUUCAUUGAUCAGUCCAUGCUCCUGAACACCAAGUUUGAGAUUGUGCUUCAGCCAAAACAAACCAGGGAACAGGAGAAGGUGACCAUCUACCUCUGUGCAACCAUGUGGCACGAGACUGCAGAUGAAAUGCUGAAGAUGAUCAUCUCGAUGUUCAGGCUGGACAAAUUCCGACCAAAGAAAAACCAAUUUAACGACGUUGUUUUUGAGUCUCACAUUUAUUUCGACGAUGCUUUUCUGACCAAAGACAACAAGCGAUGUGUCAACGAGUAUGCAGAGAUCCUGGUGGAAGUCAUCAGAGAAGUUUAUCUCAUAUUCACAGAAGAUAGCAAAAGUGUAUUUAAGAACAGAAAGCAGCUUCCAGACCAGAAAAUCUUCCAGACGCCGUAUGGCUGCCGGCUGCAGUACACACUUCCUCACGGCAACUUGCUGUUUGUUCAUUUCAAGGACAAACGCCAGAUCCGCCACAAAAAGAGAUGGUCUCAGAUCAUGUACAUGUACUACCUGCUUGGCUGGAGGCUGCACAAGAACUACUAUCAGAUGUUCAAGCAAGGGGAUACGCAUUUGGCAAAUGUUGAAGAUCAACUAAAAAAAGCCAAGGAGAACACAUACCUUCUGGCUCUAGAUGGAGACACAGAUUUCCAGCCUUCUGCCGUCAUGCUUUUGGUGGAUCGGCUCAGGUUGUACCCUGAAGUGGGAGCUGCGUGUGGCAGGAUCAAUCCCACUGGCACAGGUCCGAUGGUGUGGUAUCAGAAAUUUGAGUAUGCUGUGGGUCACUGGCUCCAGAAAACAGCAGAGCAUGUGUUCGGAUCUGUGUUGUGCAGCCCGGGCUGUUUCAGCCUGAUGCGUGCAGAAGCACUCAUGAGUGACAAUGUCAUGAAGAGAUACACAACCAAAGCGACUGAGGCGUCCCAUUAUCUACAGUAUGACCAGGGUGAAGACCGCUGGCUGUGCACACUGCUCCUGCAGCAGGGAUGGCGAGUGGAGUACAACGCUGCCUCUGACUCGUACACUAAUGCGCCACAGGAGUUCAAGGAGUUUUACAACCAGCGGAGGCGCUGGGGUCCGUCCACCAUGGCCAACACUCUGGAUCUUCUUUCCAGUGGUACUCUCACUGCACAACUCAACAAGUCCAUAUCACGGCCCUACAUUCUGUACCAGACUUUCACCAUGGCCUCCUCGAUCUUGGGGCCAGCUACGGUCUGCCUCAUGAUUGCAGGAUGCCUUAAAUUUGUCCUAAAUAUAAACGCAAACAUUGGACUUUUAAUAGCAAUUGUUCCUCCUUUAAUCUACUUGAUUCUCUGCUAUUAUCUUGGACAAGCAAAAUCAGACCUGCAAAUUACCAUUGCUGCAAUCAUGAGCAUAAUUUAUGCUUUUCUGAUGACAGCAUCCAUAUUAUCUAUUGUAGCGGACAUGGUACAGCAGGGGACUUUUGUAACCCCAGCCGGAUUAUUCUUCGUUGGCAUAUUGAUCUUGUACACUAUCACAGCUCUUCUUCAUCCUCAUGAGUUCCAGCUUAUCAUCUAUGGACUCCUUUACAUGAUUUGCAUACCAAGUGGUUACCUGCUGCUGGCAAUUUAUUCCAUGGUCAACAUGAAUAACGUGUCAUGGGGCACUCGUGAAACUGCCAACCAGGGCAGUGGACCUGACCAGACCAUAACGAAAAAUGUCAAGUGUCAGAAGCUGUUAAAAUUAUGCGGCUACAAUCUGGAGAUUCAACUGAACAAAGAGGAAAAAGUGACUGCCGUACCGGAGAUCGCACCUCAAGCCACACCUUUAAAAGAGGAAAGCAAAGAGGUCACUCAACCCAAAAAACAACAAGUACCUCUCGAGAACAACAGAUUUUUUCUAGAGCAGUUGUCAGAUAGGUCUGGUGAACUGUCCCUAACUGAGCAAAAACUUAAUGAGGCAGAAGAAAACUUUUGGAUGGACCUUAUUGAGCAGUACUUAAAACCAUUAGAGUCUGAUAAAAAAAAGGAGGAAAGAAUCAAAGAAGAUCUGAAAGACCUACGCAAUAAGGCAACGUUUGUGUUUUUUAUCUGUAAUGCCCUGUGGCUUGUGGCUACUUUUUUUCUGCAAGCCAUUGGCAGCACAGUGACCAUCAGGAUCCCUAAAGUUUUUGCCAAUGGAACUGUUGACCCAUAUGGAAGUAUAUUUAUCGAUCCUAUUGGACUGAUGUUCCUCUUAAGUUUUGCAGUUCUCCUUCUUAUCCAGUUUUGUGCAAUGCUGUGGCACAGAAUCCAGACUGUAAUACACUUCAUUGCUUACACUGGGACUGAGUCUGCGACUAACAGGAGGGUGAAAAAACAAUCUGUGGCACUGAUCACUGAAGUCACUGAUGAAAAUAAUUUUCUAUAGGAGAAAACUUGAUCUAAAGAGUGGAUGAUCUAAAAGAUGAGCUGUGAUGGAAAACUUUGCCACAGCACACAAGCCUGGGAAACCUAAGAAUCCACAAGCCUGGGAAUCCGGGAAAUACCUGCUUAUUGGAAAAGAAAGGAUUGUAACCACAGUACUGUUAGACCUUUUGAGUUUAAGUUUGUUUACUUAAUCUUAUUUUUAGUUUUAAAAAUGUUGUUAAUGUUCAUUUAUAAUUAGAAUUAUUUCAUGAUUUUUUUUUAUAGAAAAACUGUCAUACAUGUCAUCUGAUUCAUGUCUUUUCUUAGUUAAUGGUGCUUGCAAAGCAACUUAUUACUAUUGUGCUGGACAAAACUUCGGCGCGUAACUUGUCCCGCAGCUUUUGUCCUAGACCCAUGAAUGAUGUGUCAAAUCGACCGGGUCAUUGAGGAGAGGUGUGCUAUGACUUUUAUAAGUGAUCUGAGUACCGGUACUUUCGGUACCGGGUCUCAAAAUGGCCUUUUUUCCCAUAGACUCCCAUUAUAAACUUUGGAGGUUUAUAACUCGGCAAGCUUUCGAACUAUCUACACCAAACUCGGCCGCAGCCCCGCCCCCAAAAUAGGCAAAAUCAAAAAACUUUUUACAACAUGGACAUGUGACAUAUCAAAACACUCACAACAAUGAGAACUUCCUCACGAGUAUUUUGAUGAUGUCAUGUGAUGUCACGUGAUGUCAAGUGAAAAUAAAAAAUUAGCACAACAUGGACAUGUGACAUAUCAAAACACUCAGCACAAUGAGGAAAACUCCCUCAAGAGUAUUCAGUAUUCAGACGUCACAUACUCAUCUCGACUAGCCUCCGGGAUUUGCCACGUGCAAGCACCAUUCACAUUUUCUUCAGGAAAUGUACGUUCUAGUUGUGUAUUAAAAUUGUGUAGCUUCUCUGUCUAAUGAGACACAUACAUAAUCUGUAAUUAAUAAUUACAUGUUUAUAUCCGUAUAAAAUUAUGUCCAAGUAAAAACUAUUUAUAUUAACUUACUUUUAUUUAGACAUUUACCUUAAUCACAAUGGUCUCUUCUUCUCUCAUCCAGCCAAUGACUGUAUGCUACAUGUCAAUGGAAUAUGUAUCCAAAGCCUACCUCAUUAAAAUGUGAAAAUAUGCA